AAUACCACGUGGUCGUGGUAUUUCGAUAGUUCGUCUAACCUUGUAUCAUUUUUAUUCUUCUUUUUUAUCAAUAGGUUUUAUUAAUUAGGUAAAUAAUUAGAAAUAUAAUAAGAAUAUUUUUUAUUAUUAUAUUCUCUUGUUUUGUAUAUUAAGAAAAUAUAUGUAGAUUAAACUUUGUCGAGAUUAUGUGAGGAAAUACCUCUUCUACAUAAUUGUCAAAGAUAACCUUAUACACAUACACAUGGAAUAUUUAAAUAAUGUAAAGAAUACUAUUUAAGGGAAAUACAAAACAUUAAAAUGGGUCAUACAGGAGAUCAGGAUAGUGAUAGUGUUGCAUCUGACCUUCAGAAUAAAUAUGAUAUUCACAUUGAAAACAAACAGGACAAGAAGAAGUACAAGUGUACUUACGCUGAAUGUCAUGCUGUAUUCUUACGACCUUCUAGAUUGCAAAGACACAUAAGAACCCAUACUGGAGAGAGACCUUAUAAAUGUGAUCAUCCAGAGUGUACAAAGUCGUAUACCAAUUCUACCCAUUUAAAAAGACACUUGGAAACGCAUAAUGACGUGAAGAAAGUAUAUCAAUGUCCACAGUGUCCAAUGUCAAUUAGUAAUCUUCAAAAUUUGAAACGUCAUUACAAGAAGAUGCAUGGCAAAGAUAAAAAAAUUUCCUGCAAGGAAUGUGGCGAAAGUUUUAGUAAGAAGCAUCAAUUAGCUGAACAUCAAACUAUACAUUUUGGACCUAUGACUUAUAAGUGCGAUAAAUGUGCCAAAAGUUUCACAAAUGUCAAUAAAUUUAAACGACAUGGAAAGAUACAUGAAAAGGGUCCCAAACGUUAUCCCUGUCCAGUAUCUGAAUGCUCGGAGGUGUUUGAUAAAUGGCUACUUCUAUGUGCACAUAGAAGAGCUAAACAUGUAACAAAUUAUAAAUGCAACAAUUGUGACAGGAUCUUUCUUAGUAAAUCUAGAUUAAAAGUACACUCCAAAAUACAUUCUGAAAAUAGAUUAGUUAUGUCAUGCCCAUAUGACAAUUGUCAUAAGACUUAUUUAUUCAAGUUCAAUUUGGAGCAACAUGUAAGAAUUAAGCAUCUUGGCGAAAAAUUUUAUUGUGACACAUGUUCUGUAGGUCUUACGACAAAAAAGAAGUUGAUAGAACAUAUUCAACGUCGUCAUGAACCCAAGAAGGAAAAGAAAAAGAGGAAAUCGAAUAAAGUACAGCAAAAGAAGAGAAAAGAUGCUGGUAUACCUAAGAAGAGUAUGCUAUCUGGAUUAAUCGGAGUAAACUUGCCCUACAGUUUAGAGAAGAUGGUGAUGGAACGAGAAACAAUGAUAACAAAUGAUAAUGACAAUAUUGAAAACAUUCAAUAAAUAUAAAAAAAUUUGUUCCUCUAUGCAUAUUAUAAUAUUAUGACAUUUGUUUUAUUUACGUAUAUUGAUGAUUGAUAUUUAAUAAUAUUUAAUAGUACGAAAUUGGAUAUCAAUAGUAUAGUUAAAUCUACCAUAUACCAAUAAAUAAAUUUAUUAAUGAAA